AGUGAUCCAGCUCAGAUUUCAUCAAAAAUAUCUUAAUUUGUGUUCCGAAGAUGAUGAAGAUCUUACAGGGGUUGAAAGAACAUGAGGGUGAGUAAAUACUGACAGAAUUUUCAUUUUUGGGUGAACUAACCCUUUAAUGCUACCUUAACCCUAUAGUAAGUAGCCUACAUGUAGUUGCUUAGUAUUACUCAGUUCUUUAAUAUAUAAUUACACUGUAACAAUGACACCUUAAAAUCAAAUUUAGGCAGCUAGAUAACAUCAGUGAAAUGGUGCUCAUUACUUUGGAGAGAUCAUAAAGAAGACUACAAAUACUUUCUAAUGAUUUAUUCAGGGCUGUAUCUAAAACCUUUUAUGGAAUGGUAUUGGCGUUAUAUGAAUAAACUACUACCAAUGGGUUGAUGGAAACAUGUUCUGUUGAAUUAUUAGUGACCAUCUUUUUGGCUAAAUUAUUUUUGCCUAUUGAUAAUGACCCCAAUAUAAUGUCUUACAGCUAUCAGCUGCUCUCUCUUGCCUCAAACAGUCCUCUCUCUCUAAAGCAAAACAUGCAAAAGAAGUGCUGCACAGAGUGUGACUUCUCGGUCACUCGAAUAUUGUAGAAAAAAAGUUUAAAAAAGGCAAUUUUAAAAUUGGACCAAUUUUUUCUUCUUAAGCCAUGAUCAAAUAAAGGCUCAAUAUUCGAGUGCCUUGGAGUAUAUUUUUUUUGUUAAGUCCUCUUUCUCUAUUUUCUGUCUUUGCAGCUGUAACUCCCACGCUCUUAAUGUCAUUAACAGGUGCUUGUCCAAAAUAGAACUGUUGCUCACACACACACUCAAACAUCAGUGGAUCAGCUGACGUGCACUCGACUUUAUUUCCCGCACACAUGCAAAACUCACACUGACCUACACUGAAAAAUGUUAAAUCUAUUCAUACGUAGAAAAAUUCUCUUGCUUGGACCAUCUAUUCAUACUUAAGCUGUCGUGCAUUCAAAAUAUCUUUAACUUGAUUGCAUGAGCCCCGGUCCCACUUUUCUCCACCCUCCACUUUCUCUUUUUUUCUCUCUUGCUCUCUUUGCGUCUUUCCUUCUACUCUCUCAGUUGAGUUUCAUGUAUCUAGUCAUCAGAUCUGCACCCACACAGAACAGGUUCAACAAUAAGAGGAAUGCAUCUUCUUUUCGCGGCUCAUUAAGGCCUCAAUCCAAUGUUUCUCAUCAAGCCAUUCUUUUCAUCUACCCAUUAUUCCCGUCUAGUUUGUUAUCAAACCUUCUCAUGUUUGUAGGCGUCGGUUAAUUCCCACUCUACGUUCUUCAGAAAUGACCCCCUGUCACUUCAAUUUCUGGCACACCGGUUUCUUUUUAAAUCACAGAACAUUGUAAUUCUCUAUAAUUUCCUGUUUUUUUUUUUUGUGAUUUCUAUUAAUAUACUUCUCUGUGUUCACAUUAUCUAUCGGUCCAGCAAACUCCAGACUAAUCUCUCUAGUCUCCUGGGUUUUUUUUUUUUUUGCUUUAGUCAUUUCUGGUUCUCCCCUUUCUUGACUUUGCCUCUGGGAGUUUUCCUUUCUCAUUGCCAUGUGGUCCAACUAUUUCAUUGCACACGACGAGGAUGGGAGAGGAGGUGCGGCAGGGUUGGGUGGAGCUGGCAAGAAGAUGGGGCGUGCAGGUCAACGACCGAGGCCCCCUCGAAUGAGUGACAGCCAGGAGGGCAAGAUCAAGCUGGCAUUUUUUAUCGCCCUCAUAGGCGUGACUCUGGCGGUACUUGGCAUGGGCACAGAGUUCUGGGUGGAGUUAUCUGAGCCAAAACACUUCAGGAACAACCAGACGUGUGAGAUGGCACAUUAUGGCCUUUGGAAAUCAUGCGUUCGUACACUAUGGGUGUCCGAUAUUGACCCGGAGAGAGAGAGCUGUGGACCUGUAGAAUUGCCUGGAGAAUCGAACUGCACAUUCUUUAAAUUCUACACUUCUGGAGAGAACGCUGUUAUAUUUAAGAAAACGACCCAAAAAAGUUUGCACAUGACAGGUGCAAUAUUGGCUUUGUUCAGUUUGUUUCUGAUGGUCAUGGGCGCUCUGUGUGUCACUAUGUCUCUCAGUAAGAGUGUGCCCUUCUUCCUCAAGCCUGCAACCAUCUGCUUCGUUUUCUCAGGUAUCCUGGUCCUGUUGUCCAUCAUUGUUUUCCACCAGUCUGUGCUGGCUUUAUUGGCAAGCGAUCACAGUAUCCCUCUCCAUCACGAGCUGUCCUGGUCAGUGGCGUGUGUUGGCUCGGCUGGGGCCGUUCUCAUUUUUGGAGGGCUAAUGUUCCUGUUGCUUUCCCUCCCCAACAACCCCCUGGAGAAAUGCUUUCGUCAGCAGAGCAGUAGUGAUACCUAGCUGUCCUGUGAGUUAAGUAGCAGAGGAUCUUUUAUACUCUUAUGCUGCUUGUGGAGACUAACUGACGUUAUAAAGGACUCUCAAAAGCUAAUGUUCAUAAUGUUUCGCAAUAACCUGCCUUAGAACUGCUUAUGAAUGAGAUUUAUAGACCUUAAUACACUUACACUGAAUUUGAACUGAUAUUUCUAUGAUGGCUCUGUACAUAAAAUCAGUGACCAACAGAUCUGUUUACUGUCUUUAAAAGCUUAAUUUACACUACAAGGCAUGCUAUUAAGCAUUGUUUAUUUAUCUGCAUUGCUAAUUUGUAUAAAAAACCUGAUUUAUUUACUU